AUGCAUUUUAGCAACAAGUCCGCGGGGUCGACCCAGAACAGUAGCAACUCAUGUCCUGAAGGAGACUACAAUACGGUCCUCAAAUACCUGCUGCUGCCCAUCAGCUUCUCUUUGCUCUUCUUAUUCGGCCUCUCGCUGAACGCCUUCACGCUAUUCUUCAUCAAGUUCCGCACAAAGCACUGGACCCCGUUCACCAUCUACAUGCUCAACCUGACCGUGUGCGACACCCUGUUUGUCUUAAUGCUGCCCGUGGCGAUCUACCAUCAGGUCAAAGAUUGGCCCUUUGGCGAGCCACUCUGCAAAAUCACCUUCUUUGUCGUAAACGCCAAUCACUAUGGCUCCAUUCUUUUCCUGUCCGUCAUCAGUCUGCAUCGCUUCAUUGGUAUCUGCUACCCGGUCCGUUCCCUCAGCUGGAACAGCACUCGACGCGCAAAGCUGGUGUCCGUGGGCGUGUGGGCCUGUGUGCUCUCUAGUCAGGCACCCAUUCUCUACUUCUCCGGGACCGAGAAGUACGGCAAGGACAUUCUUUGCAUAGAAGACGGGGGGCUCCUGGAUGACUUCCUGGUCUACAGCUCCGUGAUCUCCGUGGUGAUGUUCGUCCUGCCCUUCAUGGUGGUGAUGGUGUGCUACGGCCUGAUGUUGCGCAAGUUGCUGGAGCCCAGCUGGGGAUCAGGGGAGGGCCAGCAGGGGCUCCGGGCGGCCCACCGCACCAAGCAGAAGGCGUUGAAGAUGAUCAUCAUCGUGCUGAUGACGUUCAUGUUCUGCUUCCUGCCCUUCCACAUCUCCAAGAGCCUAACAUUUUGUUUGGAUCUUCCUUCUGUGUCUCCUGAUCAGAUGACCUGUGAACAACUGGACGCGUCCUACAUAGCCUACCAGCUGACCUUGCUGAUGGCCAGCGCCAACAGCAUAAUGGACCCCAUCCUCUACUUUAUGGCUGGCCAAGACUUCCGUAAAACCAUGAAGAAGAAGAAGCAGAAAAAAGCGGAAAACAUCCUUCCAGAAUGUGCAAAGCUUUGUGUGUGA